GAAGUGGGCGAGUGUUUUUGGGUAGGCGCUAUCGACAGUAUGGCGGACGAUGGAGACAGUUGGAGUGGAGUAGUUGACAGUAGUGGCGGGCUGGGGACUUCAGAUGAGUCGGACCCGUUCAGUCUUGGCGGGAUGUUGUUAAAUUUAAGUAUUUUAGUUUUAGUGGUUGCGAUCUGCUAUGUUAUUUAUCGGCGAUGGGGUAAACGAAUUGUCGAUGACGCGGCCAAGGGAAGCGAGGCCUCGUCUCUUCCAAAGAUGCGAAGACGUGAUUUCACUUUGGAGCAACUGAGGGAAUACGAUGGACUUCAAAACUCCCGGAUCAUGAUGGCAGUUAAUAUGAAAGUAUUCGAUGUUACCACCGGCAAAACGUUUUAUGGCCGAGAAGGUCCAUAUGGUAUAUUUGCGGGCCGGGAUGCAUCGAGGGGUCUGGCCACCUUUUGUCUGGAGAAAGAUGCCCUGAGGGAGGAGUACGAUGACCUGUCAGACCUCAACGCUGUUCAGAUGGAGUCCGUCAGAGAGUGGGAGAUGCAGUUCAUGGAAAAAUAUGAUUAUGUUGGUCGGCUGUUAAAGCCAGGGGAUGAGCCGUCAGAAUACACAGAUGAGGAGGACAUCAAGGACCACCUGAAACAUGACUGAACUGUUGCCCUGUUCGGUUCUGUUCACACCACCAACCAAAGCCAGGACCCAAACAGCUGCCAGCGCCCUGAAACAUGACUGAACUGUUGCCCUGUUCAGUUCUGUUCACACCACCAACCAAAGCCAGGACCCAAACAGCUGACAGCACCUGCCUGUCCCCCCUCACCUCCCCUCCUCUUCCCCCCCAAGCCCCCUCCUCUUCCCCUGUUCUCCUUCUACUCCCUUGU